AAAAUCGAACUUUUUUAAAUCAUACACGCAAUCCUACUUGACGGAAAGCAAUUUCGCGUGCACGAUAGGAUAUACUACCGCAAAAUUUACUAUUUGAUGGGGGUUAAAGGGUCGAAUAUACGAGUAACGAGAGUCGAUGUACGGGUGGACGCGCCGUGAGAAAGCCCAUAAAAGGGAGAUUGCGAGGGUGUUCGGCGCACAGUCGCGCACCGUCUGUCCGUUAGUACGGUACGCGGGCACUCCUCGAUAUUCGUGCUGCACUUGGCCCAAGCAUCAUCUCGAGAAGAGCAACAGUUAUGCCCUCAGAUCAUCGCGUCAUUGGCUGACACGGUCUAAUAUCAAACUUCGUCACGCGUCUAUACGCGUACGUAUGGCGUAUGGCUUGUUCUAUGGUAUGGCAUCGCGGGACAUUGUUCUUUGCUUCUUCCUCGCCGCCUUCCUGUAUUCAAGUUUCGGUCAAGCGAUGCCAAAGUCCGAGGUCCAGCCCGAAUUUCUAGCACUUCUGGAGAAUCAUACGGUCACUCAAGGUCGUGACGUCUCCUUCACCUGCGUCGUUAAUCAUCUUCAAUCUUACAAGGUUGCCUGGAUAAAGUCGGACUCCAAAGCUAUUCUGGCCAUUCAUACACACAUGGUCGCUCAUAACCCACGCCUGUCUGUCACUCAUAACGGACAUAACACGUGGAAACUGCACGUGACCAACGUUCAACCGAACGAUUCUGGCACGUACAUGUGUCAAGUUAAUACGGAUCCUAUGAGGAGUCAGACGGGACAUAUGAAGGUAGUGAUACCGCCCGAUAUCAUGGAUUUGGACGACUCGGCUGAUCUAACGGCUAAAGAGAACAGUGAUCUGCGAUUACGAUGUCGAGCCACAGGGACACCGAAACCUACGGUCACUUGGCGGCGAGAAGAUGGCCGAAAUAUUACCCUUCGAACGGAGCAUGGUGCCCAAAGAGUGAAAUCGUACGAAGGGGAAGAGCUUCACCUAAGGGGUAUUCUACGACAGGAGAUGGGGUCGUACCUGUGCAUCGCGUCUAACGGUGUACCACCGACGGUCAGCAAAAGAUAUUACGUGAACGUUCGUUGUAAGUGGCGAAGUCGCUAUUCAACAUUUCCCGAACAAACUUACAUAAUUAAUAAUAGUUUUCUCGGCGCAGUUAAACCGCUGAUUAAAGUGUCCAACGAAUUAGUAGCAGCCCCGGCUAACAGCGACGUCGUUCUUCAUUGUUACGUCGAGUCAUCGCCGAAAGCAUUGAACACAUGGUACAGAGAGGACGGUAUAAAAUUAUUGCCGGACGAGAAACACAAUCUGUCGGAGGUCACGUUGAACGACUACGCGUAUCAAUUAAAUUUCACUAUCAAGAGAUUGAACAGGGACGACUUUGGAAGCUACACGUGUUCCGCGGAAAAUCUACUCGGCAAGGCUGACGGGACGAUAAGACUUCAAGAGUCACAUUUAACGAGGACCACUUCGGUACCGAUACGUAACACGGAAUUCAUCGGUAAACACGGGCCGAAAAAGCAGACCGAUAGGAAAGGGAAGCUCCACUUGUUCGGCCGAGAAGGAGCUGGUUCGUUGUCGAAAAAUAGUGGAAAUAUAGGUCAUACAACGCCUAUGCUCCGAAGGAACAGUUCGAACGCUUUGACGGACAGCAACGCGAAAAAAUCGAAAGUUUCAUCAUAUCCGGCACCCGCACCUGCGCCAGCGAAUUUUGCACCGACACAACUGAACGUCCAGAACAGCGUCACAUCCUCGCGACAUUCGCGAUUAAACUGCGUAGGAUUAAUGCUCGCUUUCAUAGUGAUAGUGAUCUGUAGCUCGUAAAGCUUCACCGUUUCGUAUGUACGGAAGAGUACAAAUCACCCUUUUUUCCCACCCCUCUCUCGCGUCUAGGAUACACGGAAGCUCCUAUCGCGUGUACACUACCUACGAAAGCUACUCUUACGUACGAACAAACUACCUUCGAGAGAGUUAUACUUGUGUUCAAAUUACACCAUAGUUUCCCAACUGAGGUAAACCGACGGGGUGCUGUUAGCCUUAGGUACAGUUCCAAUUAAUUUUUAAAGUAAAAUUACUUUAAAACUUUUACACUUACGUGUUUUACUUUCUUUAUUUUCAAUAUCACGUUAUAAAGUUACGAAAUUACAUGCACAAUUACACUUGCAAAUUUUAGUAGUAACAGGCGCUGCACCCGAAGGGCGUGGUGAGCUAAAAAGGGUUGGAAAACUAUGGGCUACGGCUACGCUCACAAAAGUUACCAUUGUGUUCAGUAUAUCCUCUGUACAGUUACCCUUAUACUAAGUUUGAAAAAAUGACCCUUUAAUCAGAGUUCACUUUGACCGAUUUAUUAGAAUGAAAAUGCUCAGUAAAAUCCGAGGAGGAUUCCUACUCCAUCCAACGGGAUCGAGACAGUAAAUGCGUACAAAUUCACGUGCUCGAAGCUGGCUCGGCUCACAGUACACAAACCUCGACCGAAACGUUUGAAGAACUGGAAACAACUGA